AUGGAGGCGCUCCCAAAAAGGCGCUUAGGCGUGCCUUCCGAUGACGUCCAGCCUGAGCAUCAGUCAAUUGUUCUCGAGGAUGGUGCGAAGCUCUGCUCUUUUUGCUCACAAAUCCCGGCCCAGUUCUGGGCAACGGAACCUGACGGAGAAGAGACCAUUCCCGCCACGCUCCAGCCGCUGAGAACAAUACUAGAAACGGCAGAGAAAAAAGAAUGUCGUCUAUGCUACUUCCUCCAUGCAAGACACAGGUCUGGUGUCUGGACGGACACCGUUGGUCAUGAUUUCUUCGGCAUUCACGUUCGUGAUACCUCCAAAGACAAUGACGAGUCAUCAUCGCUCUACCGUCUACUCUCGCACGCCCCGCAGUAUUGGCAAAACGAAUACGACGGUUUAUCCGCGCCAGAACUUGCCACCACGAGGCACGGAAAGAUCUUCCACCCACUCGGUUACCGCGCGUGGGUUUUCCAAGAGAAAGAGCUAUCGAAGAGAACAAUCCACUUUGGCCACGACCAGCUGCUAUGGGAAUGCUGCGAGGCCAAAGGCACUCCGCAGCUGCCAUGGACGCAUAUUCCCAGUGGUGGGUCGCCGGAGCACAUCGCCUUCGCCAUUCAGAUGAAAAUCCGCUGGUUCGCGCUGUUGCAGAGCUAUAGUGCGCGAGCCCUGACCGAGGUGACUGACAAACUACCAGCUCUUUCGGGUAUAGCGCAGGCCUAUAGGAAAUUCCUCCCCAACGAUAUCUCUACGCAGUACCUUGCCGGAAUAUGGAGCGCACAUCUGCCGCAAGCGUUGCUAUGGGAACAAGCUGGCGGCGGCGGCGGGCGUAGAUCAGGAUAUAUCGCUCCUACCUGGUCGUGGGCCAGCUACGGAGGGGCGAUAUCAUAUAGCCCCGUCCGUUUCCAGCAGUAUCAAGCGAUGGAAUCCCGAACCGAGUGACAUCCAGCAGAGCAAUGGCUGGACGAGCUCCAAAUGGUCAACAUGAAAGGAGAACCUGAUCACCAGAACGGCAACGAGUACGGUGCCCUCAAGGAAGGGGCGGCGUUGGUCCUAACCGGUGCCCGUCUUUUCGAAAUUGAUCCCGAUCUUGAGGGUCGGAACGGAACAGGAACGUUUGCCUUUCGUCGCAUAGAUGAUGGCUUAACGGCUGAGUAUUUUGAGCCGGAUUGGAAUGAAGAUGGGACAAAACUGUCUGAGGGCAACCUGGUGUGUUUAGGUGUCUCAUACUUCCAUCUAGCGAGCCCGGCAGGCGUUCAGUGUCUUGUGCUCAGGGAGUAUCUUCAGAAAGACGGAAAUCUUGCGUACAGAAGGGUAGGAUGUAUAGUCAGAGAACUGUUGGUCCAACCAUCCUUGUGGGAUGGUUCAGAGGCAUGCCGGAUAACACUAAUCUGA